UUGGGUAUAUUUUUCGUAUUACUUAUACAUAUAUUUGUUGUGUUUUUUACUGCGCGACGAAGCUUAUUGCUGCAUUUUUCGUUUAUUUCAGACCUAACUUUUUAUGACCCCGAAGUUUUGUGUAAAAUUCAGCCAAGCAAAUACGACUGCGAUGAGAAAGGUCUAGUUAGUGCUUACUAUUAUGAUAUCAAACUGCAAGACUGUCGAUCAUAUGAAUUCGGAAAAUGUAAACUUAAUGUGAAUCAAUUUACAUCGUUGUCAGAUUGUCACAACACUUGCCGAGAGUCCGGCAUUAAACCGAUUCCCAAGCUAACGCCAAGUAUGUAUUGCAGACUACAACCUGAUUUUGGAAACUGUAACAGCUAUCACCCUAUGUGGUACUUCGAGCUCGAUACGAGAACAUGCCGUGGCUUUUCGUACAGCGGAUGUGGAGGUAACUUUAACAGAUUCUCUACCAGUAAGAUCUGUUCUGACGUGUGUCAAGGAAUGGUCUAG